GGCGCCAAUGCCUCGGCUUUGGAGAAAGAGAUUGGUCCGGAACAAUUUCCAGUCAAUGAGCACUAUUUUGGGUUGGUUAAUUUUGGGAAUACGUGCUACUGCAAUUCAGUUCUUCAGGCACUUUAUUUUUGUCGACCAUUUCGAGACAAAGUCUUAGCAUACAAGAGUCAACCAAGGAAAAAAGAGAAUCUCCUUACAUGCUUAGCUGAUCUUUUCCACAGUAUAGCCACCCAGAAGAAAAAAGUUGGAGUAAUACCUCCCAAGAAAUUUAUAACAAGAUUGCGAAAAGAAAAUGAGCUUUUUGAUAACUACAUGCAGCAGGAUGCACAUGAGUUCUUGAACUAUCUAUUAAAUACAAUUGCGGAUAUCUUGCAAGAGGAAAGAAAACAGGAGAAACAAAAUGGUCGCCUACCUAAUGGCAACAUUGACAAUGAAAAUAAUAGCCCACCAGACCCAACCUGGGUUCAUGAAAUCUUUCAGGGAACAUUAACUAAUGAAACCAGAUGUCUUACGUGUGAAACUAUAAGCAGCAAAGAUGAAGACUUCUUAGACCUUUCAGUUGAUGUGGAGCAGAAUACUUCAAUCACUCAUUGUUUAAGGGGUUUCAGCAAUACAGAAACUCUGUGCAGUGAAUACAAAUAUUACUGUGAAGAAUGUCGCAGUAAGCAAGAAGCACAUAAAAGGAUGAAAGUAAAAAAGCUGCCUAUGAUUCUAGCUCUCCACUUGAAGAGAUUUAAAUACAUGGAUCAGCUGCAUCGAUAUACAAAACUCUCUUAUAGAGUAGUUUUUCCUUUAGAGCUUCGUUUAUUUAACACCUCAGGAGAUGCCACCAAUCCUGACAGAAUGUAUGACCUUGUUGCUGUGGUAGUUCAUUGUGGAAGUGGCCCUAACAGAGGACAUUAUAUUGCAAUAGUGAAGAGUCAUGACUUUUGGUUGCUUUUCGAUGAUGAUAUUGUUGAGAAAAUUGAUGCACAAGCUAUUGAAGAAUUCUACGGGUUGACAUCAGACAUCUCAAAGAACUCUGAGUCUGGUUACAUCCUCUUCUAUCAGUCUCGGGACUGAGAGGGAACUGUAGUGAAGAGAGAUUUUAGUGUCUCACGUCUUCUCUAUCCUGGAAUGGAGCAAGCACUAAAGAGAAGGAAAGCAGGGAGCUCCGGAGGCAAUAGCACAGUUUGCACACAACUAAGCAAAGAGUUUGGGAUUCUUUAAACCUUUGUAUCAUUUUCAUUUUAUUUGCUCAGGUAUCAUGCUGACUACACAUCUCCACUUCAUCCCAUAAGCAAAAAGAGAGAUACCAGCCACUCUUGCAGGAGCUUUCAUUUGGGUAAUACUAUCUCUGUGGUCCUAGUUCAAAGCCCAUUAAAGUCACUGGAGAACCUUAAUGAACUUCAGUGGAAUUUGAAUCAGGUUCUAACUGCACUACCAGAUUGGUGCAGUAGGAGCAUUAGAAAUGUCUAUUUUAUAGAGACUUUGUGUUUAGAAGAUAAAGGACUCUUUGUGAAGUUAGUUAGCUGUGCUUAAGUUUGAAAAAUGAGGUGCAGAAGGUUAACAUGUAAGCAAGAAGAUAUAUCUGGGCCCAACACAAAUGCCUUCUUGAUGGUAGUAGUUUAACUGAA